CAGGAUAUCAUUUACGAUAAGUACACAAUUCCGAAGGGCACAAUUCUCAUUCCCAAUGAAUGGUCUAUCUGCCGUGAUCCUUCCUUGUAUCAUGACGGCGACGCGUUUGACCCAUCCCGGUUCCUGGAUGACAAGGGGAACAUUAAAGCUUCUCCACCAGAUUCGCACGACGAUUAUCUCGCGUUCGGACACGGAAGACGUAUCUGCGUAGGUAAGAGCCUCGCGAUCAACACAGUGUUGAUCGCAGCUGCGCAGCUGCUUUGGGCGUUCGACUUCCAUGGGGUAGAGGAUCAACAGGGAAAG